GUUAGCCCCAACCAAACCGGGCUCUAUCUGCUCCCCCGUUCCCUUGCUCUUAUUCUCUUCUUCCGAUUUAAAGAAGAAGAUCUCCAGGGUUUUGUUAUCUGGAAGCAUGAGGACUCGAAAUGCCGACGCUCCCAAAUCUGGGCCUGCCAAGAAGACUUCUCCACCCAAGAAAGACUCUUCCGCACCCGCUGCCGCCGAUAAAACACCGGAGGCCGCGCCCAAAUCCACGCCCAAAUCGGGAGGCAAGUCCGCCAAGGGCGCUGCCAAGAAGUCCGCCGCCAAGGCCGCCGCCGCUUCCGCCGCCGCCGCCUCUUCCCCGGCCCCUGUGCCCGCCACGCCCGAUGCUAAGCCAGAACCCAAAGUCGAGGAAGUGGCAACUCCGGCCGAUGAGAAGAAGCUGGUUUCGGCCGUGAAGUCUCCUCCAGAGAAGAAGGCGAGCGGCAAGGCCAAGUCGCCGUUGGGUGGAAGGGCUGCGGCAGCUGCCCGUAAGGUGGAGGAGGCUGUGGACGAGCCAGCACCACCAAAGGUGGAGGAUGCCACGGAAGAGCCACUACCGAAAGCUGAAGAAGAUGCGAGGAAGGAGGAGGUGAAGGAGGACGAGGAUGCGAAGGCCGAAGCAGUCCCAGAUGCGAAGGCCGAAGCAGUCCCAUAUGCGAAGGCCAAAGCGGUCCUGGAUGCCAAGGACGAGCCAGAGAGCAAUCCUGUCAGGAAUGAGGGAGAAGAGGCUGCGGGAGACCGGCAGAUGGAGGAGGAGGGGGAGCCAGAGGGUUUCCAAGAGCCUGUUGAGGAGUUUGUGGGUGGGGAGGAGCAGGCAGCAGGUAGAGAAGGGCAGGAGGCAGUGAUGAGGGAAGAAGAGGAAGAAGGUGCACGGAUGGAGGAGGACGAACAUAUUGAGAUCUCGGAUAUGGCUAAGAAGAGGAAGAUGAAAAAGGAGCAGGAGAUCUUUGUUGGGGGUUUGGACCGUGAUGCUGUGGAACAGGAUAUUAAGAAGGCAUUUGAGAAAAUUGGGGAGGUUGUUGAGGUCCGGCUCCACAAAGAUUUUGCUACCAACAAGAACAAAGGCUUUGCGUUUGUGAAGUUUUCCAGCAAGGAGCUGGCUGCCAAGGCGCUCUCGGAAUUGAAAAAUCCUAUUAUACGUGGCAAGCGCUGUGGCAUUGCACCAAGUGAGGACAAUGACACACUAUUUUUAGGCAACAUCUGCAAUACGUGGACAAAGGAAGCUAUUAGGAGAAAACUCAAGGAUUAUGGAGUUGAUAGGGUUGAGAAUAUUACUCUUGUUGAGGACACCCAAAACGAAGGUCUGAGUCGGGGAUUUGCCUUCCUGGAGUUUUCUUGCCAUGAAGAUGCAAUGCUUGCCUACAAGCGGCUCCAAAAGCCAGAUGUUAUUUUUGGCCACCCCGAGAGGACUGGCAAAGUGGCUUUUGCCGAGCCAUUACGUGAGCCAGAUCCAGAAGUUAUGGCCCAGGUUAAAUCAGUGUUUGUUGAUGGGCUGCCACCAUAUUGGGAUGAGGAUCGAGUCAAAGAGCAGUUUAAAGCGUAUGGAGAGAUCGAGCGUGUUGUGCUAGCUCGGAAUAUGUCAACUGCCAGGAGGAAGGAUUUCGGAUUUGUAAACUUUACAACUCAUGAAGCUGCUGUUGCUUGUGUUGAAGGUGUAAAUCACACUGAAUUGGGUGAUUGGAAGUCCAAGAUGAAAGCAAGAGCUAGACUUGCCAAUCCAUUACCCAAAACUCAGGCUGUAAAGGGUGGAAUGAGUGGUGGUUUUCGCAUUGGACACACUGGCAUGGGGACUUAUUCUAGGUUCGGUAGGGGAUUUGGUAGGGGCAGAUAUGUUUCACAUAGGGCAGGCUUUCAUGGUAGAAGGGGUUUUAAUUUUCGUUGGCGUGGAAGAGGUGGAAGAUUUUCUUUUCCACCUGAGGACAAUUCUGAAAUCCCACCUUCUGAGUUCCAUGAUAGGAGGCCAUUUGGAUUUCGAGGGGGUAGAGGAGUUUCUACAUCAGCAAGGCAUGGUGCCUUUGAUCGAGGUCGUGGAAGAGCCUUCCCAUCCAGAAGGCCACCAUAUCUACCAGAGGAGGAGUUUGGCGGACCUUUUGGUGCUCGACACCUUGGCGAAGAUCCUUACUUUUAUGGAGAUGUUGGGCAUGGUAUCAAGCGUUCAUUUUCAAUGAUGGAGCAUGAUCCUGGUUACUUGGAACCUGUGUCUAGAAUACGCCCUCAUUUUGAUCAUCCUGAGCCAUUGGCUGGUAGGAGUCACUAUCAAGAUUCAUUGGGAAUGGGUGGUCUGUAUUCACAUGAUUAUUAUGGUUCAGAUUAUGGUGGUAGCACAUAUUCAUCUCUUUAUGGAGGUGAACGUUCUGGGGGUGGCUACUAUUAUUAGAUGUAAUUUGCAAAUGCGGGUAUGAUGCUGCAGGAGGAAGGGCUUUCUUGAUAAGAUGAUGAUCUCAGUUAUUCUGUUAGCUAUACCUUGAAUUGGUUGAACUUUUAGAACUUUUUUGACAUCUAGGCUUCCAAGUAUACUUUGUUCUAGUUUAUUUUCCUUGGAGAAACUAUAUAGGUUUAUGCUGUUUGUAUGUGAGUGGUGCUGGAUAGCCUAUUAAUGAUGAACUCAAUUGGAUAGAGUUUCUAUUUUUCAAUUAACUUUACUCAUCAAGUAUAAACUCGAAGUCAACUGGGAGAUAAAAUAUAUGUUUGGAUUAAAGUAAUUUGCUCUUUGUUGGUGACAUAUGUAUUUGUCUGUUACUUGGAAUGCUGAAGAAAACAAAUGGGAAAACCAGUAAUUUUGGAUUUGUUGCUUUUCUGUUAGAGAUGGCAAGGUAUAUAAUGCCCAUGGAAUUGACUGGAUGAUGCCAUCAGAGAUGUGUUCUUGAGUAUGAAAUGGCAUUCAUAAAGAGUGCAUUUGAUUUUAUAGUACAAGAUAAUUUGAUGAAACAGCACAUGAAGAUUAUGACUGCAAUUUUUUGUGGUUUCCAAGUGGAGAGAGGGGAGUGGUUGUCAAUAUUAUAAUUAUCGUUGAUUCCAGUUUCGUACAAAUAUUCUAGUAGAUAUAUAAGAGAUUGCACUUGCAAUUCUUUUCAAUGCAUUUUUGCUUGUGAUGCUUUUAUAUAAGAGGGAUAGAAUUAAAGUUGUUAAAGUUGCUCUUCUGGUUCUGGAGCAAUUAAAAUUCUGUCAUCAAGAAUGUUACUUGUUCCUUCUGGUGAAAAGUGUAUGAUCUUGAUUAAAUUGGAGGAUCUCUAAAAUAUUAUCCAAUGCCUUUUGCAAGAAAAUUGCCUAUGCUGUCUCUGUGAGAUAUCUUUUUUUUUUUGGCCAAACUAUAUGUUCAAGAUUCUCUUCUGACGAAAAAGAUUUUAAUCUGGGUUGAUGGAGAUCCAAUGGAUGUGCCUUUUGGUGUUCUUAUUAAGUAAUUGCAACAUAUGUUUGCAUAGAUUGCGAUUGUAAUUUGUUUGGUGGAUUUGAUGAUAACCUCUCUUGCAGUUCCAUUGACAUUUUACUUUUGAGACUUAGUUCUGUGUUCCAAGGAAGCAUGAAGUACAGAAAUAGUAUGGAUAAACUCUUGCAACAUGUAAUACGGCCCUACUUGUUCCCGAGGAGUUGUAUCAUCAUUGAUUUGUUCAUGCUUUGCAAGCAUUGCUGUUGCUGUUGAUCCUUAAGACGGGGCCAUGAAUUUGGUGGUUUUCAGGGUUGAUUCUAAAUUCAUGUAUACCAUUUUGUGUUGUUUUUAAAUUUUUCUUUUAAUUUUUAACUGGCCACUAAAUGUGACUGGGUGAGUUUAUUCUUUGUGCUGCGAGUUGAUUGCCUCACAUUGUACUGUUGUGGAGUCUAAUAUUAUGGUUCUUCUUGUUUGAAUUCCCUUUUUGACGUGGAGCAUAUGAUAUCACUGGGAUUUAAAAGGUUUUGCUAAUGUAAUAUUGGGCUUUGUAAUUCAUAUAGGAGUGUCAGAAUGAUACUAAUCUGAUCAUUUUAAAAUUGUUAUGCUGAAAGAGAGAUGAUGGGGGUCAUCACUACUUCAGAACUCUUAAAUGAUAUGAUACAUGAACUCUGUUUGGAGACGUUGAUCUGCUUCAACAUGUUGAGGUCUCUGACUUAGAAUGCUCUUUCCAAGACAUGAUUGGCGAUAUGAUGGGUUUGAUAGAUGUGAUUUUUCAUGUUAGAUUCGAUGUUUCUCUAGUUUUGUUUCCUCUGGAGGUAAUUUCAAGUGUAAUUUAAUAUCGAUGCCCAACAUUGAUGUGAAGCUGGGAUGCUGGUGAAUCUCUUUAAGUUGUGCAUGCUGACCAAUGUUUUGAAUGAAAGUGUGAUACUUUUGAAACAUGCAUCACAUAUUUCCUUUUUUUGGUUGAAUCUUUAGAUAAAGAGUUGCAUAAGAUUUUCUGCUACCAAUAAUGAUACAUGGAGCUUCGUGAACCUUAUCUUUGCAUGCUUCUGCCAUUCAUGAUCUGAUGUAAUAAGCAACGACAACUCAUCCAUAACCAAGAAGCUUUGAAACACCAGCUGUUAUUUGUGUGAUGCUUUGUGCUCCAUGUAGCACGCAUGCUUUAUUUAGAUUUCAACUAUGAGGAUAAAGGAAUGGAGGAUUAUCAAGACCUAGGCUAAGAUGGUGCUAAUAUUUAUAAUGAAUUGAUAUGAAGUCUUAUUAGUAAAGAUGAUGGACUUCCAUGUGGUUACUUUCAUAUGGUCUAGUGACUCAGUAACUUGUCAAAUGAUUCAUCUCGUCAAUCAGUUGUUUUAAAUGUUGAAGAUCUUAGCAUAUGAGGAGGUCACCUUGUAGGACAACCAUGUAGGUUUAACCAUAGAGAUGGAGCUGUAUCUUAACAGACCUGAUUGGGCUACAUAAGAAUCAGUUAACUCAGAAGUACUUAAAAGUUGUCAAGAUCGAAGUGGACUUUGCGUUACUGGAUCGGAUAUAGAUAUCCUAAAUUAAGACAGCAAUUUGAAGUUAUAUUGCAUAUUUCUAUGGGGAAAGACAUAACUUUUUUGGGCAGACUGACUCUGUCAACUCAAUUUAAAUAGUGAAAUUUAGAAGUUGUAAUUUAGAAUACGAGAUCACAGCUGAUAAUGAAAUCAACAAAUGUAAAGAGUAAUCUUGUAUGGAAUUGUCACACUUAGACGGUACUGGUAGUUGUGGGUUGCAGCAUGCCUUUACUGAAUUGUUGUCUGAGUACUUUAUGGAUAGAACAAUUCAGUUUAGUCAAUAUGAUGUGGUUAACUUUUUCUCUGGAUUGUUAAUGCACUGUUUGGUUGCUGAUAAAAUGAACAAAGGGAAAGAGUAAA